UGCUGGGGCUGGCGCUGGGCGCCGCCGGCCUGGCCUACGGGCUCUACGGGCGCUGGCGGCUGGGCCGCCGCGUGGUCACCCCGCACCCGGCGCCGCGCGUCCUGCCCGCCGGCAGCAGCGGCCCCCGCGCCGCGCCCGAGCGCUUCUGGGGCUCCUACCGCCCGCAGGUCUACUUCGGCAUGCGGCCCCGCAGCCCGCGGCCGCCCGUGGCAGGCCUCAUGUGGCUGCGGCAGGCGGUGGAGGCCCGGCUGCGCCACACGUGCGAGCAGAGCGACGGGCUGCCCGGCUACGGCUGGCUGCUGCACGACGGGCUGCGCUUCGGGGCGCAGGAGAUCCGCGACCGGGGCCUGACGCUGCGCACCGAGUUCGUCAAGCGGCCGGGCGGAGAGCACGGCGGGGACUGGAGCUGGCGGGUCACGGCCAUGCCGGAGAGUACGGGCGACCAGGCCUCCCUCCUCUCCCUGCUCUUCUAUGUGGCCACCGACGGGCAGGGGACGCUGCAGCCGCACUUGGAGAACACGCGGUUGGUGUCUGUGACUGGGACGUCGGAGGAACUCGGCCGUUUCAACAUCACCUUCCACAAGCCCACGACCGAGACUGGGGAAGCCCUCAGAUAUGCCAGCUAUAACCACCUGGAUGCCAGGAGCCCCGGGCUGCACCGCCUGACAGACGUGGUGAAGAGCAGCCUGAGCAACCGCUUUCUUUACGUGGCGCCCGGCAAGCCCAAGCGCCGCUACUUUGCCGUGGACACAUACCGGGCACUGCCAGGGGAGCCGGACCAAGCUCCCCAGAGCCACCUGCUGCUGCACCAGGUGACGAUGCCGCUGCCCUGCCGCGUGGAGGUGACCUUUGAGUCGGGCAGCUUUGCCGAGCGCCCCGGCUCGCUGGUGGGGGGGGUGCUGAGCGAGGAGCUGGCCGGGCACGUGGCCGCCUUCGAGCAGCGCUUCGAGGAGACCUUCUCCCUGGCCCGCAAGGGCUUCACGCCCCAGGAGCAGCGCUUUGCCAAGGCUGCCCUCAGCAACAUGCUGGGGGGGAUGGGUUACUUCCACGGGCACUCCAUCGUGCAGUCCGUGCACAGCCAGCACCCGCUGCCCUACCCUGAGGGCCCCCUGUUCACCGCCGUGCCCUCCCGCUCCUUCUUCCCCCGCGGCUUCCUCUGGGACGAGGGCUUCCACCAGCUGCUGCUGGCGCGCUGGGACCCAGCCCUGAGCCGCGAGGUCGUCGCCCACUGGCUGGACCUGAUGAAUGUGGAGGGCUGGAUCCCGCGGGAGCAGAUCCUGGACGACGAGGCGCGAGCCAAGGUGCCCCCCGAGUUCAUCCUGCAGCACAAUGAGGCCGCCAACCCGCCCACCCUCUUCCUGGUGUUGCAGCAGCUACUGAGGGAGCCGGGCCAGGGCCCUGCCGAGCUCUCCUACCUGCAGCGGCUCUUCCCCCGUCUGCGCACGUGGUACGAGUGGUACAACACCACGCAGGCAGGGCCACUGCCCUACACCUUCCGCUGGCGGGGCCGGGACCAGGACACCGACCUCUUCCUCAACCCCAAGACGCUGACCUCGGGGCUGGACGACUACCCUCGCGCCUCGCACCCCUCGCCGGCCGAGCGCCACCUGGACCUGCGCUGCUGGAUGGCGCUAGCCUCGGGAGUCAUGGCCGAGGCGGCCGAGCGGCUGGGCGAGCCGGCGGCCGAGUACCGGCGCAUGCAGCAGGCGCUGAGGGACAACGCCCUGCUGGAGCAGCAGCACUGGGCCGAGCAGCUGGGCAUGUUCGCCGACUACGGCAACCACAGCCAGGCCGUGGGGCUGGAGCGCGAGGCGGUGGCUGUGGCGCCUGGGCAGCCCCGCCACCAGUUCCCGACCCCGCGGCUGGUGCGGGUGGUCCGCAAGCCCCCCCAGCUGCAGUUCGUGGGGGCCCUGGGCUAUGUCAGCCUCUUCCCCUUCCUGCUGCAGCUGCUGCAGCCCGGCUCGCCCCACCUGGGCAGCAUCCUGGGGGACAUGCGCAGCGAGCAGAAGCUCUGGACCCCCUACGGCCUCCGCUCGCUCGCCCGCACCAGUCCCCUAUACAUGAAACACAACACGGAGCACGACCCCCCCUACUGGAGGGGGCCCAUCUGGAUCAACAUGAACUACCUGGCCGUGCGGGCGCUGCACCAUUACGCCAGCCUGGAGGGGCCCUACCAGCAGCGGGCAGCUGCGCUCUACCAAGAGCUGCGUGCCAACCUCAUUGCCAACCUGUACCGCCAGUACCAGCAGAGCGGCUACCUGUGGGAGCAGUACAGCGACAGCACGGGCAAGGGCCAGGGCUGCUACCCCUUCACGGGCUGGUCUGCCCUGGUGGUGCUCAUGAUGGCCGAGGAGUAUUAGGGGCCAGGCUAGGAGAGGGGGGUUCCAGCUACCCGCAGCCACCUCUGGGCUGAGCACUAUCACUUGGGGUUUGGGGGUGCCCAGGGCUGCCAGCCCUGAGUGGAGCAGUGGGUUUGCUGCACUACUGGGUUACCAUGUGCUGCCCUGGCCUUUGCCCCUGCAAGUCUCUCUCAGGUGUUUUAAUAUGAAUGUUCAAGGCUGAGGGGUGAGGGUCACUGCACCUUCCUGCCCACCCCUAGCUGGGGGGGAAGAGGGGUUUUUUUUUUUGUUUGUUUUUUUAAGAAUAAAGCUGAGUAGCUUUAC